ACCCUCUUCUUUCCCUUCUCUUCCCUCGCUUUGAUUCUUCCUUUCCCGAACCCAAACCCAAAUCCCCAUCUUCAUCUUUCUUCACAAAUCAACUCAUAUUCAUAUAUCUAUCUAUCUAUACAAGUAUUUAUAUAUAUAUAUAGAGAGAGAUAGAGUAAGGGAAAUGGAUUCGGAUCAGGGAAAGCUUUUUAUUGGUGGGAUUUCGUGGGAUACUAAUGAAGACAAGCUGAAGGAGCAUUUCAGCAACUAUGGUGAUGUAUUGAGCACUUCAGUCAUGAGGGAGAAGAACACUGGCAAGCCCAGAGGCUUUGGCUUUGUUGUCUUCGCAGAUCCUUCUAUUCUCGACAGGGUUCUCGAAGACAAGCACGUUAUUGAUGGAAGAACGGUUGAUGCCAAGAGGGCCUUCUCAAGAGAGGAUCAACAGAUUUCUGUCACUUCCAGAGUUGGAAACCCCAAUUCUUCUAUGAAUUCUGGAAGUGGUGGAAAUAUCAGGACAAAAAAGAUAUUUGUUGGAGGAUUGCCUCCCACCCUGACUGAAGAAAAUUUUCGUCAAUACUUUGAAUCUUAUGGACAUGUAACUGAUGUAGUACUCAUGUAUGACCAGAAUUCUGGACGACCCCGAGGAUUUGGAUUUAUUUCUUUUGAUAGUGAGGAAGCAGUUGAUAUGGUUUUGCACAAGUCGUUUCAUGAUUUAAAUGGUAAACAAGUAGAGGUAAAGCGUGCACUUCCCAAGGAUGCAAAUCCUGGUGCAAGUGGCCGUAUGAGUGGUGCUGGAGGUGGUGGAUAUCAAGGGUAUGGGGCAUCUAGUGGCAACCAAAAUGCAUAUGAUGGUCGUAUGGAUUCUAGUAGGUACAUGCAGCCUCAAAGCGCUGCAGGUGGAUUCACGCCUUAUGGCUCUUCUGCCUAUAGUGCUCCUGGGUAUGGGUAUGGUCCAGCUAAUAAUGGCAUUGGUUACGGUGCAUAUGGAAGUUAUGGUGGUGCCACUGCUGGGUAUGGUGGACCUGCUGGUGCAACGUACGGGAAUCCAAACGUCCCAAAUGCUGCUUAUGCUGGUGGUCCACCAGGUGGCCCAAGGAGUUCAUGGCCUGCUCAGACUCCCUCUGGUUAUGGGUCUAUGGGCUAUGGGAACACUGCUGCUUGGGGUGCUUCAAGUGGUGGUGCUGGAUCUGGUGGAGGCGGCCCUGGUUCUGUCACUGCAGGUCAAUCCCCUAGUGGAGCUGCUGGAUAUGGGAAUCAGGGUUAUGGAUAUGCUGGGUAUGGUGGGUACGGUGGAAGUGAUAGUUCAUAUGGGAAUCCAGGUGUAUAUGGUGCUGUUGGAGGGCGUACUGGGAGUGCUCCAAAUAGUAAUGCUAGCGGGAGUGAACUACAAGGUAGUGGUGGCAGUGGCAGCUAUAUGGGCAGUGGCUAUGGGGAUGCAAAUGGAAAUUCAGGCUUUGGAAAUGCAGCUUGGAGGUCUGAACAAGCUCAGGCAUCUGGAAACUAUGGGACUCCUCAUGGGAAUGGCUCCCAUGGUGGACAAGUUGGUUAUAGUGGUGGCUAUGGCAGUGUUCAGUCUCGACAAGCCCAACAACAGUAAUUUUGAUAGUUGAAUCUCUUGGUGGAUCCUAAACUUCACUUGCGGAUCCCUGGCUUUUAAUCUUAAAUCAUGAGCUUACAAUGAAUUCUUCCAGCAGCAAAGGAGUGACUCAAGUUCGAUGUCAAUACACAAUGGGACUGGUUGGGUUGCUUGAAUCCCAGUAGUUUGCAGUAUCUGCUUUUCUAGUUUAUAAUAAAUAGUAUGGUUGAAGAGAUACUAGAUGAUACUUUAUAUUUAGUAUUUGUUUUAGCGUGUAGCUUUAAAUUGCGUGUUUAUGAUUUUAGUCAAUCUGGAGUUCUCAGUUCUUGUAGCUUUUCACCUUAUAUGAUGGUUUGAUGCAGUUAAUUAUCUAUGUUGUCAUUUUGUUGGUGUUUUCAUUUUCUUUCCUUUAUCUGCUCUUUUUUUAUUACAGUUUGGCAAUGGGAAAUCUUAUUGUUUAAUCAUAUACAUUAAUUGUUAUGAUAUGACAAUUAGAAAUAAGAUAUUGUCAAGGUAUUUACUGAUAGCAGUGGACACUUGGGUUGAUCACUUCGUAAUGGGUAGCGAUAAUGGUAGUGAUAGUAAAAACACUUUGAGGAUGGCAUAAUCAUUUCCCCCUGUAUUUGCA